AUGAGCAGGCUACUCGCAUUUUUUGCCAUCAUUUCGGCCGUUAUGGCUAAGCUACAGAAUGUCACAAUUGUGAUUGGUGUGAUCACAUGUGCGGAUGACGACUACCUGGACGAUCUAAAAAUCCAAGUAUGGGAUAAGGAUAUACUAAACGACGAUAUGCUUGGAGAGAUGUACUUCAACGUAACACAUCCACCUCGAAACAUCUCCAUAUUUGCCACCGAAGAUGAGAUGCUCACAAUGUCACCGUAUCUCAUUCUACAGCAUUCAUGCAAUGGAGAAGCAGUGUUGCUAAACAUCCCCGUCACAAAAGACGAUGCUCAACGUAUAGAGAAGACGACAGUUGAAAUAGAAUAA